AUGAUUUCCCCUCUGGCACGUUUUUCAAACAAAUUGGGAAGGAAUGUGUUUACUACCUUCGUGAGGAAUCACUCUCAUGGUGGUGUUCCUGGAGAGAACCUGCCAUUUGACAUCUCCAAUCGGUACAAAUUGACUCUGUAUUUCAUCCUGUUCGCUGGAUCUGGACUCUCUGCACCUUACCUGAUCACUCGCCACCAGCUUCUCAAGAAGUAA